AUGGCUCUGACGAUCUACAACGACAUCUCCAUCGUACAGUUGGUCUUCUUCUUGCCGUCUCUGUUCAUUGCCGGCACCCUCUGCUACCGCCAUGGCAUCCGCCGCAGCGCCGGGUGGAUCUACCUCGUCAUUCUGUCGCUGAUGCGCAUUAUCGGCGCCAGCAUGGAGCUCGCGACCAUUGCCUCGCCCGACAACAUCAGCCUCGCCACUGGCGCCUCGAUCCUGCAGACAAUUGGCCUCUCGCCGCUCAUUCUGAUGCUGCUCGGCCUCGUCACGCGCACCUACACGGCCCUGCCCGAGCACAAACGCCCCAGCAUCCCCAACGCCCAGAUCCUGCGACUGAUGCAGCUCGUCGUCAUCGUCGGCCUCAUCCUGUCCAUUGUCGGCGGCACGGACAUGAGCAGCCAGGUGCAGGACGCCCUGUCCAAGGGCCAGCCCCUCUCCUACACCAUCCCCUCGUUGACCAAGGCCGGCAUCGCGCUCAUGAUUGUCGGCUACGUGCUGGUCCUGCUGUCGUCGCUCGUCCUGACCACCUGCCUGAGCAGCAUUGUCGACGGCGAGAAGCGUCUGUUGAUGGCCGUGCUUGUCGCGCUGCCCUUUGUCUUUGUGCGCCUCUUGUACUCCAUCCUGUCAGCGUUUGACGCCUCGAGCGCCAACUUCCGCCAGUUUGGCGGCAGCACCAACGCCGGCUACGUCGUGCUCGGCAUGUGCACCGUCAUGGAGAUCAUUUCCGCCAUCAUCUUUGAGGUCGUCGGCAUGACGCUGCCGUACGUCCCGCACAACGAGCGCGGCGCGCUCCUCAACCCCACGCGUGCCAACAACCGCUUCGACGCCAACGGCCAGCCCCUCGGUGCCUACCCGCAGCCAGGCCAGAACGGCCAGUUCUACCCCAAGCUGCAGCCGAACGAGUCGGCGUGA